GACAGUCCGAACAGCGCUAUCACCUCAAUGGACGAAACAAUACGUUGUUAUCAACAUGAGUAAUAUCUUGAUAUAUAUAUAUGUGUUGGCUGGUUUCACAUUAGUUGAUUGUGAGCGAGUGAACAGAUACCAUGGCAGGACGUCCAUAUUACGGGUUUGGUGGACCGCCACCACACGGAUAUCCGCCCGGCUCCCAUCCCCCUCCGCACGGCCACCACAUGUACCCCACCGGUCCGGGGGUCGUAUUCUAUCCUGUUCACCCCGCGUACUUCUACCCCUACCCGCGUCCCGAUGGCACACAUCCGGUCCAAAUCGUCGACGAAGCAGCGCCGCAAGAAAUCGUCCCAGAGUUACCGGGCGAGACAGUCGAGUUGCCGUGGAGCACAUACCGUUGGGUUCCCGCUUGUUUAAGCCAGCGCAGCAUUCCUCCUGGCGCGUUGAGAGUAGGCACAGACGCUGAUGGGGACGAGAUCUACGCUGGCAGAUGCCACCACGAGGGAGACAUCCUCCCCGCCAAGGUGAUCCCUUCGAAGAACGCCUGCUACAUCGCGUAUGGUGGAGAAGAAAUCUUAAAGGACCAGUUUGAGGUGCUAGUUCCCGCCAUGUUCUCGUGGCAGUUCUCUACGAACGGCGCAGUGCCCCCUGGCGCUGUGGAGGCUGGCGUCACGGCCGACGGCGAGAAGCUGUACUUCGGCAGAUACACGCACGACGGGUGUAUCACACCUGGCAAGAUUCAUCCAAGCCACGGCUGCAUCUACUACCCCUUCGACGGCGAAGAGAAAAACUCCACAGAAUACGAGUGCCUCGUCCUCAUGUAAUUAACUAUGCGUCGCUACUCGUCGGUUUUCAAAACCACAUCUUUACUGUAGCUCUUAUACAUUAUUUUCUAUAUAUUGACAUAUUAAAUUAUAUUUUGAAGACAUUAUUUUAAGGACAGAAUUUUAAUACACAGGAGCUUAUAGUUGUUAAAUGCAAGAAUGUGUGAAUUUAUUCGUAGUUAAGUUGAAUUUUUGAGAUGUACUGCAGGCUGUAAUCUAAUGUUAUUAAUUAAAUAUAGUUUUAUAUUGAAAUAAAA